UUCACUACUGCUAAACUUUACAUUUAAAACUAUGCCUAUACUGCUCUUUCUCUCCAUUGCCGGCUCUCAAUCCUCUCUCUGAAAACCCCCAAUUUUCUCAUUUCUUCACAGCAUUGAUGUUUUUCUGAUUAAUUUCUUCAAAUUCGACUUCCCGGGAAGACAAUUGUGAACAAAUACACAUUUCUUUUUAUCAAUUUUUUCAAUUUCACAGCGAUGGAGGGAGGCAAAGAGCACAGAGACGCCGCGCGUCGUUUGGUAGGGGCGGAGGGAAGCUCAAGGGAUCUGGUACCCAAGCUGGUGAGGCGGGGCGGGGCGGCAACUGGAAAUGCAGGUAGAGAAAGAGAGGAAUUGGAGCUGAGUUUGGGGCUUUCCACCAACGGGAGAUUUGGGGUGGACCUCGCCAGCAAGAGGAUGAGGCGCUCUUCCUCCGUCGCCAACGUAACGUUGAAUGCUGAUUCUGCAGGUAAUGGUGGGCCGGAGCCUGUGAGGACCUGCUCCUUGCCGCCGGAGUUCGGGAGACCGAGGAUGGAUACGUUGAAGAGCGUUGCUGGCGGCACGGGACAGCAAGUGCAUGCGGCUGCUAAUGGAGCUUUGAAACCCAACGACGCUGGUUCAAGAGAGUUGCCUAAGCCGCCGCCGGUUGAAUCCAAGGGAAAUCUGGUUAAUGGAGCAAAUCAAGCUAAUACGACUGGGGGUAGUUGCGCUACAGGACAACCAUCUGCUUUGAUUGUUAACACUGAUGAAGCACUGGUGAAGAGUGGCAUGGUGGACAUGCCAUACGUCUCAAUGAAAGGAUAUGGGCCGAAUCAUAGCAAGACGGAGGGAUUCCUGUACAGAUACAAGAGAGGAGAGGAAGUCAAGAUUGUGUGUGUUUGCCAUGGUCUGUUUCUUACACCAGCAGAAUUCGUCAGGCAUGGCGGUGGGGGUGACGUCGCUUUCCCUUUGAAACACAUAGUUGUUACCCCUUUCUCUCUGUGUUAACAACUAUAGUUGUGUGGUAAGCCUGUCCUCACCAACCUUAGCAGAAUGGUUUGCAACAAACCAUAGCUGUAAAACUAUAUAUGACUCUAAUUUCCUGCGUUUUCAGUGGUAAGAAACUUAGAUGGCAUUGUAAAUGUCUAGUUAAACUUAAAUGUUCAUCUACUAUUUUUAUAUAUUUCAUGGGGGUUUGAUAGGCUGGUUUUAAGUCAUUAUUGUGUU